AUGCCUGAAACCAGUUCAACCAACCAACCAUGGGAAUCCCAUGAGAGCUACAGACAAACCUUCAGGAAACUCCUGUAUAUCAGCACUUUUACCAGGCCAGACAUAGUAGUAGCAGUGGGAUACUUGUGCAGGAAAACUAGCUUGCCAAACAAGAAGGACUGGGAAGCAGUCAAGAGAGUAGUAAGAUACUUGAAGGGCACUCAAGCCAUGAAGCUGAAGUUAUUGGUUACCCAAGAUCCCAAGCUGAUGGAAUAUGCAGAUGCUGACUGGGCUGAAGACACCACAGAUCAGAAAUCCAUCAGUGGAAAAACCUUCUACUAUGGAAAUUCAAUGAUCUGCUGGGCAAGCAAGAAACAAGAGGCUGUAGCACUCUCUUUCAGAGAAGCAGAGUACGUGUCAGCUUCUGAAGCAAGCAGACAGUUGGCAUGCCUGCUCAUGCUGUUUAAAGAAUUAGGCAUCUCUAUACCUGGCCCUGUCACAACGCAUGAAGACAACCAAAUAAGCAUCAGACUCGUGGAGUUAGAAGGGGUGAGUUCAUGA